AGCCUAGCCAUGUGCCAUAUUGCACUCGUUCUUGCAUGCCCGUUGCAAGCAUGACAGUCUCCGGAUUUAGCUCUUGAACGUGUCGGUGCGCAUGCCAAGAAUUAUGACGAAGACCUCGAAGCGAAUUGUUACUUACCUGGAGUCUCGAAAGCAUCGGGAGGCCGCCUGCAGCGGCAAUCGGAACAGCAAUCGGAACAGCCGUCGGAUAACCGACUUGGAGCAUCUGGGCAACGGCUUGCGCCGCCUUACGAACGAAGUCGUUUACGGCGACGCCCUGCUGUCCUUUGCGUGCGACGCGGCGACAUUGGCGAAGCGCGGAGCGCCAAUCGCGUUAGGAGCGGGCGACGGGUUACAUCUUGUCGGCACCGUCGACCUGCCAGCUGGCGUCACUCCUCUCGACUCGUUGGCGCUUAUCGCGUCGCACAUGAGCGCGCAAUCCUCGCCGUUAAUCGUGGACCUUCAUCGCCACUUGCUCGAGGCAGGCCGGCCGCGCGUGACAUGCUUAAGGCGUCUCUCCAUCGGCGCGCUUCGGCUGCUUGCCGCCCUCCUCCGCCUCCCAGUCCCCCUCCCCCCCGCGCUUCUACCCCUCGCUGCCGCUUCCUCCGCCGCAUUUCCCGGUGCACAUAACGGCCCAUCAUGCAACGACGCAUCUAACGGCGCAUCUUCCGCCGUACCUUUUUCCGAAGCGUCCCGCCGCCAUGGCAUGGCCAGCUGCGCGCCUCCCAGGCGCAGCCACUUGAAGGAGGAGCUGGUGGACCUCAUUCUGACGGAUUCCGUCUGGACGAGCCCCGUUCUGCCAGCCAGAAUUGACGGACGGAUGGCGGAGAGUGGGGAGAGGAUGAUGACGGAAGGGGAGCUGCGACCCGAGGGCGAGGCGGAGCAGAAUCGGCGGGGGGAGGGGGAAAGGAUGGGGGAGAAUGGAGAAAGGAGGGGGGAACGGAUGGGGGAGGGGGGACGGCGGAGGGAGGGGAACGGGUGGGAUGGCGGGUGUGGCGGUGGCGAAGGCCCACAGCGGCGCAAGCGCAGGAAGAGGGUGAAAACAGCGGCCUGGGCAGCAGCUGGCAGCACAGGGAGGGGUGAAGCUGGUGUGGCCGUCGCAGCAGCUGAGAGGAUGGGCAAGCCUGCACCGGGUGUGGGUGUGGGUGCUAUGCCUGUGGCGCCUGUGAUGCCGGUGGUGCCUGUGGUGCCUGUGGUGCCUGUGGUGCCUGUGGUGCCUGUGGUGCCUGUGGUGCCUGUGGUGCCUGUGGUGCCUGUGGUGCCUGUGGUGCCUGUGGUGCCUGUGGUGCCUGUGGUGCCUGUGGUGCCUGUGGUGCCUGUGGCGCCGGUGGUGCCUGCGACGCCUGUCGCGCCUGUGGUGCCUGUGAUGCCUGUGAGUGCAGGGAGGAGUGCACUGGGUGGGCUGCGGCGCCUGAGGGCUGCAGACUUUGCUUGGAGCUGUGAGGCGGGCAGCGUAGCCUGUGGGAGGGGCGCCGGGGAAUGCGAGCGUGGGGGAGCUGGGGCAUGUGAGCUUGGUGGGGCAUGCGCGCGUGGUGCCUGCCUGGAGGAUUUCGAAUGUGCUGCGCGCACAGACACGUGUGAAGGUGCACGCGUGGCUGCAUGCCGCAAGGUGGAAGGAAGCGGUUCAAGAGGGGGGGGUGGGUUGUGGCAUCAGAGACAAGGGGAUGGGACGAGAGUAUGGGGAGAAUGGGGAAAAGGCGAAGGAGGCCUAAAAGGAGGAGAAAGAGGGAGAGCAGCAGUGGCGUUGGAUGAGUAUUCUGUUACCACAGCGGCUGCACCUGCCUCUCCACUCGUUGUCACUGCGGCCGUCUUUCCACCGGUUGCGCCUGUGCGGACUGCUGCUAUCUCUGCCACCACUUCUGUGCCUGCUGCUGCCAUUUCUGCUCCUGCGGUUGCCCGUCUUCCCCCAUCACCCCUCGUUUCUCCUCUAGAGCCCGCCACCUUAUUCCAGCAGCCCUGCUUUGUGGAGCGGUCACAAGGUUACGGUGCUGGGAGGAGGUCAGAGGUAGGGUGCGGCGAUAGCAGGGCAGUAGUCGGGUGCAGUGGGAAGUCCCUUAUAGGUUUCACAACACCACUUGAUCGUGCUGAGAGCAGCUCACCGACAGGCAGCACCGAGAGAUCAAUACCAGGCGCACCAAGGGAGUUGGCCGAGAGCAGGUCGCGAUCCGUCACCCCGGAGCCAUCUCCUGGGGAUCUGGACCUCUGUGUGGACAGGUGUCUCGCCAUGAUUGGCGGAGCAGCGGGCAGCAGUGAUGGGAAUGCGGGCCGUGAGGAAGCUUCCACGCAAGGAAGCAGCGGGUGGGGGCUGUUUGGGUCAGUGAGACCCCUUCAAGUCGUGUGUUUGCGUGAGCUGGGGGGUGUGCAGGGUGCAUACGGUUUGAGCCAUGUGGGAGGGAGGUUUGGUGGUGGAAGCUGUCCGGUUGCCGCUGGUGCUGCUGCUGCUGCUGCUGCUGCUGCUGCUGAUGGCGGUGCUUUUCUUGGCGACGUGGGGCGGGUGGCAUUUGCACGACACAAGGAGAUGCUGAGAGCCGCUGGGAGGCAGGGCCACUGGCAGGAGUGAUGUGGGCAGGGAGGCAGGGCCACUGGCAGGAGUGACGUCUGGGAAGGGGGACAUCUGGCAGGGUGGUGUUGUGUGCUUGCUUGGUUCAGAGGCGUAUUCCAAGGGUCUAUUGCAAGAGGGUGGGAUGGCUUGUGCCUGCUGAGAGUAGCAGAGGGGAAGGGCCACUGGCAGGAGUGGCAGCUGGCAGGAGUGGCGACCACUAGCGCCCUGCUAAUGGUAUCGUGGGGUUAGUUAUGUUGUACCGUUGGAAAUAGGCAGUGUAAGAGCAUCACGGUGUUCCUGUAAUGCAUAUGCCCUAAAAGACAUUUUGCAUUUCUCUGU